UAUGAUUCAGUUUCAAGUCAGAUUUGUUUCGUUCAGAAAGUGUAUACAUUUUGAAAUCACCAUUACAUCUUCUACCCAAAGCGGAAGUGAACUCUCAAGGUUUGGUCGCUUUCAGCUUUCAGGUUUCAGGUCCGUUGUUCGCCAAAGUAUACCCUGCAUUUUCUAUAUUUGUGGCGGUGACGAAUAUUUGUCUUAUGCUGUGCAUAUUUCGUUGCUUUUGGCUUCUAAGCAAAUGAAUUGUACGUUAAGCUUUGCGGCUUUACAGAGUUAUUGUGAGAGCAACAUGAUACAUAAGUUAUCCUAGAGUUGUCUGCUGGAGGACAAACCAUUUGCUGUCAAGAUGGAUGGUAACGUGUACAAUUAUGCAGCUGCGGCCAACAUGUGGAACAGCUACAGUGAGAGCUUCCAGCCCCCGGCUCUUGACCUGCAGUCGUACAUGCAGCCAAGCCGGGAGCACUUUCCCCGGGAGCAGAACAAAAACCCUCUGGGGCCGUCUUCCUCCUACGUCUUCCUGAACUACCCCGAAGAGGCCCAACAUCAUCACCAUCAUCACCCUCAAGUUCACCAUCAUGAAAACAUAAAUCGGGGUCAGUGGCAUUUUCCGGCAUGGCCCAAAGUGAAACCUCGGUCAGACCAGAUGCCCCAUGCUCUGCCGAAGCGACCGUUGGAGAAGCAUUUCAACAAAGAAGCUGAUCUGGGUAUGGCUUUGAUGCAUGCGACCCCUUCAUUAAACCUUCCACCCCCGGGAGGAUUCUGUGCCCCUGAUAUUACAGAUAGAAUUCUUGAAGAUGUGCAUAGGUUUGUGCCAAGUAUCGACGACCAGGAUUCUCUGAAUUCAGCAAAUUCUAAUACGGCUGCUAAUCCUUCAUGCUUGCAGGUGCCUCCCCAACCUGCGCCAUCAGCGCGUAAUGUGUCCCGGAAAAAUCCGGUGCCAAGGAAAAGGAAGGAGAGGUCAAAGCGAGACGAUAAACCCAAGAAGAAGAGGACAAGAGAUGAAGAAACUUGGGCAAGGAAUAUUCGCAAGAAGGCCCGAGCAAAAGGCGAGGCUUACGUCUCAGUAAUGGGUAAACCAAUCAAGGCAAGAUCUGUGCAGCCAGUUGAUUGCUCCAAGUGUAAGUUCAACUGCCCAUUGCGUGUGUCGGAGGAAGAUAGGAAAGUCCUCUUUGAGAAGUACUGGAACCUUGAGUCGUAUAAAGAAAAGGUUGAAUUUAUCUCAGGGUGUGUGCACGAGUUCACUCCUCUGAGGCCAGUCAGUGGUCGAAGGGCGUAUUCUCGUCGUUACAUGCUCAAAGUGAGAGGCAAAGAUGAGCGAGUUUGUAAGGAGUUUUUUGUCAGCACCUUUGAUAUUAGUGAAAGCACCAUUGUCACCUACAUGAGCAAGAAGCGCAAAGGGCCAGAUGCCAUAGCUGAUUUACGCGGCAAACAGACGCCCAGCAAUAAGACCUCCUCAGAAGUGGUCAGAACCAUCAGGGAGCACAUUUUGUCUCAGAUUGGCCUCCAAGGGGAGCUGUCUCGUACGCCCAGUGAGGAUGCUAAAAAUGUGAAGAAACUGUAUGCGCACUUUCAUGCAGAAUGUGAGGCGGAUGGGAAAAAGCCGGCCAGCAUAUCUGUUUACCGCAAAGUUUAUUCUGACAUGCACAUGGGCAAAACGGACCCACCAGUGGAAAUACCUCCUGAGGACAUUCUUCUUCUCUCCAACAAUAAAAAGAAAACAAAACCCACAAAGGAAGAUAAUUCUUCUUCACACCCACCAGAACCAGCAUCCAGCCCCGAGCUCGAUUCGCCCAACCCCAUUCCCUCAGGCUCCGAAGACAUAAAUGUCAGUCCUACUGAGACGGCAUCACCGUUUGACUUGGGUCUCAUCCCCACCCCCUACCACCCGGGUUCCGCUGAUUUGCACCCUAUGGGCAGUCACAUGGAGAAAAGAAUGUGCACCCUCAAUAUACCUCACACUGUGAAUCAGCAGCAGCCUGAACAUCAGCAACACCAACAGCAGCAUCAGCACCAGCAGCAGAACAUGAAGGCUUUGUACAAUACACCAUUCCAACCUGAUUUUGUGAGCCCCAUGGUAGAGAAAUCGUCUCACAUCAACCCGAUUCUACCCUUCAUGUGGGAUACUGGCCGCAUUGGUAAUCAGUCCAUCCCUUCUGAUUGCCCCAAUCUGGGUUACCCGCCCACCAUGUUCCCUCCACAGAGUCACACAAGUCAGCCAUCUUCAUCAGCAUUAUCCUCUUCCCUAUUCAACUACAGAAUAUCCACGCCUUCCUCUUCCUCAACCGCCCCUCCCCCACAACCGUCUACCUCAAACUUUGAUGUUGAAACAAAGAUUUAUCAGCUACCAGUACCAUUUCAGGGAUCUCUGUCCUCCAAACCACAAAAGUCGUCUGGAAGCUCCGUAAAUCGUAGCAGGAAGCCUAAAGAAAGUAAACCUAAAAAGGAGCCGAAGAAAAGAAGUCGUAAUGAGGAAUUGUGGGGCAGGAACAUUAGAAAACGUUUACGAUUCAAAGGCGAAGCAUACACCUCUGUUAAAGGAAAGUUGGUGGAAGCUAAGAAAGUGCGUGAGGUGGAUUGUUCGAAAUGCAAGUUUAAGUGCACCUCAAGAAUAACUGAAGAAGAACGUCUUGAGUUUAAUAAAGAGUACUGGCAUAAGGACACAUACAAAAAGAAAAUUGAAUUCAUUACUACACAUGUUCAGACUUAUACUCCAAAAAGAAAGAUGACUGGAAGACGGGCGUUUUCUCGGAAAUAUUUGUUUGCAAUCAAGGGUAGAGAGGAGCGUGUGUGUAAAGAUUUCUUCAAGGCCACCUUGCACGUGAGUGAGAGUACAAUAGCUACUGCUCUUGAGAAGGCCCGUAAAGGAGAGGAAGCCAUUGUGGAUAUGAGGGGGAAACAUAAACCUGUCAAUAAGACAACUGAGGAUACCCUUCAGAAUAUUCGUGAGCUCAUCAUCUACCUGACGGGUAUGCGCCCUCAUCGCGCAAGCAACAACAAUUUUCUAAACCCUGAAAACCGUGAUGUGAAUCGACUCUAUCAAGUUUACAAAUACGAUUGUGAAAAGAAGGAUAAGAGAGUAGCGAGCCUGGGAAUAUUUCGGGGGGUUUUAUCGAAAGACUUUUGUAUUAAAUCAGCUGCGGUUCCCAAGAAGAAGAAGAAGACGACCCGUGUCGCAGAAGAAGGUCCUUAUCAAGAAAAGCAAGAUGGCCACCCAGACUCGGGCCCUGUGUUUCCAGUAAUGUUAUUUGGUUCCAUGAACUCAUUGUCGACACGGAAUGAUUUGUCCACCGCACCUACCUCGGGCCAUCAGCCCAUGCCAGGCACAAGCUCUGAGGCAACUGAGAGCCAGGUGUCUCCAUUUGCUGACCUCAACAUACCCGUCCCGAGACCGUCGGUGUAAAUGUACCAUGCUCUUUUUAUUUGUCUUUUUUGUCAUUCUCAUGCAACUUUUGACUGAAUCAGAGUUUGAUAUUCUGAGAAAUUUGUGGGGAAAUUUUUUUUUAGUCAACAACCUUGUUUUCAUAAAAAAAUAUUUUUGUCUUUUAUUUUUCAAGAUGUUGCUGUGCACAGAGCGACAUUUGUCUUUAAUGUGGCAUCGAGGUGAAAGCAGGCAUUGGUCAAAAUAAUGAUAUCGAAGAAGCCAGAAUUUUUCUGCCCUGGGGCAAUUUUAAUAUAAUUUUUUUUUUCGACUCGGCACCUGUUAUGUCUACUUAAAAACACAUUAUUGGGCAGAUUUUACUGAAAAAGACUAAUCAAAGGCAUAAAAAAAAAUGUGAAUUUCCAGCUUCCAAAGAUACACAAGCUUUGAGAGUCACGGUACUUUAGCAGCCAUUUUAUCACUAAUUUUACCCCUGACACCAGGCAACCCUUACCUCCUUUAAUUGUAAAUAUUUAGAUUUCUCUUCAACUUCAAGAUAGAUGAGUGAUCUUUUCAUAAAAAGCGUGGCAAAUGAAUAGGUUUUAAGAUUAUACUAAUAACUCAAUGUGCCCAAAAAUUGACAAGCGCCUGAUUCCAGAGUGUCGUGACACAUUUAGACUCAAAUAUUCAGUUGGAAGGUCAGUGUUGGAACUAAAAAAUAGACCAUACUUCAGUGAACACCAUCAAAAAAUGUGACCUGGGUAAUUUUGGAAUAGCAUAAUGUGUAUAGAGACAACAUUAACACAGUUUCUCAUGUGAAUUAAAACAAAGAAUUUUUUUAGUUGAUCUUAAGACUAACGCUAAAACUUUGCGAUAUAUGAAUGAAAAAUUGAUUUUGAAGUGAUGAAGUAGAGCUCGCCAAUCCUGGUCAGCUCCAUUUCGUGGUUGGUUGGUGUACUCUGGUUGGAGAUGCUACUUCUUCUUCAAAAAAAAUAUAUGUGAGACAUAGCGGUGAAAUUAAGCGCUCGUCAAAAUAAUGAAAUCGUAGACACUGGCAUUUUUCCGCCAAUUUGACAACUUUAAUUGAAUUUCAGUUUUUUGGCUCAAUGCCUUUUAUGUCCUUUUAUAAACACAUUUAUGUGUUUUUUUUGGCUGAAAAAUGUUGAUUUAAGAUACAAAAGAUGUACAUUUUCAGUUUUCAAGGACUCUCAAGCUUGGUUUGGAAGUCAUCAGAUUUUGGCAUCUAUUUUCUCAUUAAUCUUACCUCUAAAAUCAGCUGAUCCACACCUUCAAUUGCAAAUAUCUCCACUUUUAUUCAAGAUAGAUGGGUAUUUUUGUCUCGGAAAGUAAGACAAAUGAACAAGCUUUAAGGUGAUACUAAUAACUCUGUAGGCCUAUAUGCCCAAAAGCCCAAAAAUUGACGAGCGCCUGAUUCCACUGCGUACACUUAUUAUUUUCAUUGCCAAUAUCAAUUCCAGGCUAAAUGUGACCGUGAUUGUGCUGCUUUUCUGUAACUCUGUAAACUACUUUCAAACAACAAAAAAGACUGAAUACAGCUGAGCUGAUGCAGUAGUGCAUCUGUGGAUUACUUUUGAGACGACCAUUUGUAUUGAAUUGGGACAAUAGUUUUCUACUGUUUGAAAAAAAAAGAAGAAAUAUAUCUGGAAUUGUCUAUUUAUACAUAUUUUCAACAUUUCAGUUGAGUGAUUUUCUAAGUGGAAGAGACUUCGGGUGAAUAAUUAUCCUGGCAGGUGAAAAAUAGAAGUCUGUUCCCCUUUUCGUUUGGGCAUAUUGUUUGGGUUUUUUAAAUUUGUUUUGAAUCUGAGAUUAGUUUGGCUUGGCUCCUAACUUUGUGUGAUUCUUCACAAGCCUGUUUUUGUUUUCACAUGUCUCAAUAAUACUCUUUGACCAAAACACUCACCAGUGGGAACCUAAAAGCAGAUGGGUUGAUUUUCCUAAUAAAUCAGAAAUCUGGGUUUCUGCAGUUGUCUGGAUUUUGCCUGACUUCUUGAUCAUACAAGAUGUAUGUGACGAAUGGUCUGUAAAUUUUUUGCAUGCACGUUUUCACGAGGUCGGAAAAAAAGUUCAGGGUACUUUUCUUGUAGUCAAUUGUCAUAUUUGUUGAGGAGAACAUUUGAAAAGAAUGUGUGGUUUAUGAACUUUUGUGAUCUGGUGGAGUCUAGAGUAAUUAGGUGUUUACACUUAACUUGACUUGCACCCAGGUCUAGGGUUUCAUUUGCUGAGAAAGAGAAGAAUGCUAGAGAAUGAGCUUAUUGCUGUCAGUUCAGGCUGUAAUGAAAUGUGGCAGCUGUUGUACCAUAUUGCUUGGUAUAUAUUCAAGUUUGUCAGCCAUGAUGAUGUUUGUUUUUGAGAAACGUUUCCUUACGUUAACAGUUUUGGGGUGUGUUUUUGAGAAGCAUUGUCUCAUGUAUUUUGAGACCAAUGUAAAGUAAGAGUUUGUACAUUGUUCCGAACUCCUUACCUGCUGUCACUAUGCGUCAUAUUACCUCCUGUAGUCCUUUCACAUGCAGCAUUUAAGUGUUCUGUGACAUUUUCUUUUAUGUUCCAAAGCAUAAAAGCAUUGUGGAGAGACAACACCUUUUGUUGUUAAUAACAAAGUUUGGAUGGAUGCAAAUAGAGGAACCAGGGGACAUUAGAGUAAACGUGACCGGCUUAGAAUGCAAUAUAGCGGAGACCGAAAUCAUAUAAUGGAUACAUUUGCACUGCACUUUUGAAUUUUUUAAUGCCAAUGAAGUGCAAGUAUGAAUGUAUCCUAUAAAUUUCCUUUUCAUAUUUAUAUGUUCAAUGCAACACAGUUUUUUCCCUUUCAAUCACAAACCUGCUUUUGUGACAUUGACGAUUUAUCUCACUGUGCAUGAAUUAAAGGUCAUCAAAACAGCCGUGGAGAAAAGGGGAUGGCAAUAAUAAUUAUAUAUUUUUUUUAAUGUACCUGUCAGAAUGAAUGAACUCACUUAGGAAGUGGGCUAUGACAAUAUAUCAUCCCAGUGUGGAAUCAGAUUCACAUCUUUUGCACUCAGGGAAAGGAGCCUGACCAUUACCCCUCUUAUGCUGGUGUUGUGAAGGACUGAACUCUGAUAACAGAGUCGGAGGUAAAUGUGGGAUCAGUGAAAGAAAUGUGGUACAGCUCUUGAACAAACUCAGCAAUGCCUUACAAUUUGUUGUGUAGAACAUUCCCUUCUAAGCUACAACAUCUCUCAGCGUGAACAUCAUUGAAAGUUAGGGGUCAAGGUUUUAUUCCGUCUACUUAACUCUUUAUCCCACUACGCAGGGGCCCUUUUUUGGUACUAAAUUUAAACAUGAAAAAAAACGUCACUAAACGGUCAUUAAAUCAAAACAAGUGAACCUAUCUAGAUAGUUCUUCAUCUAACAAAUGAACUCUCGAUAAAAGCGACCUGUUUUCGACAAUUACUGAAAAGUAAUUUGAUUUUAAACGUCGUCGUAAAGGAAUGUACCCGAGCCGCAACCAAUGGCUCACUAACACAGCAGUUCUGACCGUGAGCUGCUGCCAACGGUGUGCUGGAGAUAAGGAGUUAAUAUACAGCGUUGGGGGCGCUGUUUGCUCACAUGCUGUCAGGCCAUACAAUGGUGUAUGAGGCUUAGGCGUGGACUCAAAUCUCCAAAUGGGCAUUGUCGUAUCUUAAAUCAUUUUUAGAAGCUUUCAUAAUCAUAGCUCUCUGCUCCCUGUGUCCGCUUCUUGGGAGAGGGAUAUGAAAAGGAAAAGCCGCACCUCACUGAUAAUAACUGUUAUGAAGGUAAAUAUUGUAGUUGUAAGAUAUAUUUUUAGAGAUAUUUUUUAUGUCUGGCUUGCUGAGGAUACAAUCCUAAAUGAAUUUUGUGAUAGUGCUUGUUAGCACAUAGUAGCAAUGGUUCAUGUUUGAAAUGGAAAAAUACUAAGUAUGCCGGCUAACUGUGGAUCUGAUCCAUAGUGAAUGUCUUCUGUCUGUACAGUGGCUGGAAAGCUGGGCGGUCUGCUUUGAUUUAGUUUUCAGUACUUUCAAUUUCAAUACCUGACAGACCCAACUGCUGCCACUUUUUGUGAAUGUAAAUACUUGAUUUGCAUAUUUUUUUUUUCUAUUUCUACCUCGAUAUACAUAAUUUGUUUUGUCCGUCAAUGUUUUUUCUAUGAAUGAAAGUGAGGUGCUUUUGCCCUCUUGAGUAUAAAAAGCCUGAGGGUCUCUCGUUUUUCAAAACUGACAAUCUCCUGAUUUCUAUGUUGAUUCAAUGCAAAAUUUCUCAGGGUAUGUCUGGUUGCUGUUUUGAGAAAGUCUGUUCUGGUGCACAAUUAACGGCAGUCACAAAAAUGUUACAAAUGUGUAAAUUGAAGUAUUUGAUUAAUGUAUGAAUUGUUGGUCCUGUAUUUUAAUUUUAGAAAUAGAUAAAGCAUGAUAAAGCAAGAACAAUGUUUAAAAGAGAAAAGUAGGCUGACUAACAAUGUCUACCCAGAGUUUUGUCAAUGCAGUUUGUACUGACUUUAAAAUAUGGUGUAUGGUGGCAGUGGUUGUCAGCAACACCGUCCCAUUUAUGAGAGCUUUUUUACCGACUGUAAAUGAGUGUACAUAUUACUAUUUUCAUCUCUGUCAUCAUCACAUACUGUAGCAUAUUUGUAGGAGCCAACAGCAUAUUAUUUCCCUUUAAUAAAAGAUCAGUUUAUAAAAUUUCUGACAUCAAAGGGGGCUCGAACUUCUACUACAAAGAUUAUCCUUGAAGCUUCUUAAUAGCAACAUGUGUAUACUUUUAUAGAUUUUAUUAUCUUUAUUGCCCAGUUCAACAGAUGAUAAAAGGGAGUGUUUUUAAUAAAAUGCAACAAUUUUUUUCUUUGAAGUACAGUCGGGCACAGAUGACCUUAACACUCAAAACUCUAAAUCACAGAUAGCUUGUAGUUGCACAAUAUGUCAUUCCACGACUGAACGCUAUAUUUUCUUUGUAUUGGCAACACUUGUUUUCUCAACACCCGAAUGGAUUUGUCAAUCAGCUCGGCUUGAAAAACCCUGAUCAAUUUUUUCUCACAAUUGUCUUCAAUUCUAAUUGCCCUGCGUACACGAUGGCGCUUAUCGUCAUCGAGAGUAUCGGGUUACACAAGCCCACCAGGCUCACGCCUGCACAGCAUUAUACACACACUGCUGGUAUCAAGAAGCAUCACCGCACCUUAUUUGUAGUGUGCUUAGGUCGUACGGUGUGUGAAUUAUGUUUGUGUGUAUGUAAAAAUGUGCGUGUGUGGUUGUUUGAACGAGAAGAUUUGGGUUGGGAAGUGAUUACAUGGGUUGUAAACACAAGAGGGGUAGGUGGCGAGCUCUGACUUGUGUUGUUUACGUCGUCGUGUUUGUUAUCUGAUGUAAGAGCAAUUUUAUUUUAGUCUUAAGGCUCAUCAGCAAUGCUCUCUUCCUUUCUCUUGAUUGGACACCGAACAAGGUCCAUGCAAUGUCCAUCCUCUUAUAGAUAUACUGGGCACUUUUCAUGAUGGCAGAUAAGAAAAAACUCAUGUCUGGGCCUGACAAUAGAAACCAAAGCUCAGAUUUUAGUAGUGGUUGAGAAUUAGUCCUGCACAAAAACAGACAGUAUCUGCAAAUCAAGAUAAAUAAAAAAUGCCAGCAAUGAAAGCAAGCACAUUUUUCCAAAUUUGAGAACAUCGAGCUGGCACCAGCAAGAACGUACCAUGUCAUCUUUUAUCUCUAGUCUUAUUAUUUUGAUGACAAAAGCAAGUGACAUCGCAAAGGAACUUGGCCUUGACUUAAUUAACAUGCAUUCUCUUGAUGGUUGGAUGGGUUCAAAAAGAGACACUUCAUUACUUUAACAGCUGUGUUUGGCGAAUACGUAACAGUAAAUCUGUUAUGGUAGUGUGAUUUAGUUUCUGACCAUUGCACCGUCACAGUUACUUCAAUAGUUUCUCUGAUUUGAACGUUUUAUCGGUUUGCCUGGAUUAUAGAUGUGCCGAACAUACUUGUCAAAUCCAGAUGUGGUUUGAGUUAAAUCCAUGCCCAACUGUACAUGUUGUGGGAUAAAAAAAGAUUCCUGGAAAGAUUAAGGAAGAAUCGCUCAGUUGCAUUUCCCAGCAACAAGAAAUUAAUUUGAUUUAAAAGAAAAAGUAAAUGAGUUGGACUUCUGUUCCAAGAUUGAAGGGAACAGGCGGAGAAUGUGUUUGUUUCCAAGAAGCACACUAUUGAUAUCAAGGGGUGUAUUUGGAGUCUCGAAAGUUUCUUUUUUAAUACCUCAAAUGGAAUAGUAGUAUUUUCCCAAUGCAAGUAGUGGUGGCUGCUUGGCAGGCACAUGACUACAAGAUUGUUUUCUGUUUGGUCAAACCUUGUGAAGAAUGCAGAAAAGGUUUGUUUUUUUGUCACUAUUUUCCUCUCAAAAUCAAAGUGACCAAUUUGCUAAUGAAAUGUUGAUACUUGUACUUGCAUUCGUCUAUUUGAAAAAAAAAAA